AUGGCCGAUGCCUGGGUAGAAAGUUUCCCCCAUACCGCGAGUCACAUACUGGACGAGAUGGAUAACACUCUCGGAUUCAAGCUAUCGAGAAUCAUCGCCGAGGGACCUAACUCCAAGCUCAACCAAACCGAAAACUCGCAGCCUGCCGUCAUGGCCACCUCGGUCCUAAUACUUCGCAUCCUCGAAAAAGAAUUCGGAUUCGACGUCAAGUCUCGGAUUGAUGUUACCCUGGGACAUAGCUUGGGUGAAUUCUCUGCGCUAGUCGCCGGUGGCUACCUGGAAUUUGGGGACGCCCUUCAAUUGGUGCGACGCCGAGCUGAAAUCAUGGCCCAGUGCACGCGCACCCUGAUUGCACAAUCCGGCGAAACAUAUGGCAUGGUUGCGCUGCUAUGUGAGCCCGAACAUUUGGAGAGUUUACUUCGGACAGUCCAGGAAUUCCUCGGCCUCGACCUACCCGGCAUCGAAGGUGAUGCACAGCACCCAGUCCCAUCAAUUCAGCAAGUGGUGGUUGCAAAUAUCAACUCCAGGAAUCAAAUUGUGCUGAGUGGUAGCCUUGAACGAAUCAAGACCCUUUUGGUCCAGCUGCGUCAAUUCGGUGGACAUGACCCGAGGGCCGUCAAACUGAAAAGUGACAGCCCGUUCCACAGUCCGGCCAUGGCGCGAGCGACCGAUUACAUGAGACAGGCACUCGAACAGAUCAAUCUCACAUUUCCAGCAUCAAUACCAUGCGUGUCGAAUGUUUCCGCCCUACCCUUUCAGUCUGAAGAGGAUCUCAAGGAUCUACUUUCCAGGCAGUGUGUUGAUACAGUAAGAUGGUGGGACAGUAUUCGAUAUCUCCAUCAGGAAAGAGGGGUCCGACGAUGGAUCGGGAUUGGCCCAGGGAAGGUCGGGCGCAACUUGGUUGGCAAAGAGGUUGGCCGGGUUGACACCAAAGGAGGAGGCGUUUGGGCUGUUUGUGACCCUCGUGAGAUGUCAGAUAUCAUGGCUGCUCUGGAAGAGACUGAAUCUGAGCGCCAAAACCCACAAAUAUAA